AUGGAUGUGGUGAAUGCAUCGAGUCGAACUGCGCAUUCGACUCCUCUUCGUGCUAGUCUUCAGGAAGCAAACACUCCCGAGCAACAAAUUCUUCAUUCUCACCGACCGUUGGAUCAACAUCGGGAAUCUGGUGCGAAGUCGACGAGAGUCAGUGGUGGAGAUCGAUUGUGGGCGCCGACAUCGAUGGCUCAGGCCAAUCCACGAGCACUACAGAGAUUCAAUCGGCAGCAGUCGAGCGGUAAUCAUGGAUCAGCGGUUGGGACACCACUGGUUGAAGUGGAAGCAGUGGACACAGACCACGUUUUUGGUCCGAUUUCGUGCUCUACAAGUGUUUCAUCAUCAAACGGCCUUCCUUGGAAUGCAGCUAAAUCGGGUCAUGAAACAAAGCGGCCCGUGGACCAUCAAGUAGAGUACCCACCAUCGAAUUCCUCAAGAAAGACUAAAGCAACGGCAAAGGUUUUGCAUUCUACCACACCAGCAAGAAAAGAGAUUGUCAAGAGAGAUUCUACCCCUCCACCUGUAGAAGACACCAUUUUUAACGGGAAACUGUUAAGGCAUUAUUUGCGACCGAUGUGGGAGCAGAUCAAGUGGACUAAGGAGGCUGUUCCCUUUCGUAUGCCUGUUGAUCCUAAUUUACCAGGCUUUCGCAAUUAUAAUCGUAUAAUAGAGCACCCGAUGCAUUUUUUGGCUCUAAAGUUGGGUAAUGAGUUGUAUAAAAAUGCUUCUGAGUUCUGUGAUGAUAUGUGGCUGAUGGUUGACAACGCUUCGAUUUACAACGCAAAGAAGAGCAAGGUGUAUGAAGACUGUACGAAGGUAAAUAUUUCACCUUCCGGAGGUUCCCGAACUGUGAAAUCAUGUUGCGGAGUAGCCAAUGCUUAUGAUGUAACUGAUAUUGAGUACGAACACACUUCUCAGUAUGAUGAAACAGGGUCGAAGCGCUACACGGCCUGUCUGGGAUGUUUCGAGGAUUUGCCACCUGACGGCAUUUCACUUUCUGAGAGCCCAAACAGCCAGUCAAAUAUGGCACCGAACGACAAAUUCGUGCAGAUGAAAAAUAAUGACCUUUUAACCUUUUCUCGACUUCUGAUGGAUAGGAGUCGUGGUUAA